AGUAAUCGAUGAGCACACAGGUUCAUACUAUAAUACCAACACGCUAUUGAUGUUCCAACGUCAAAUUAUUUGUUCCUCUCUCUUUAUCUCUUUCUCCUAGUAUUAUUCGUUUGCACACACAAAUACAGAGAAAUAUAAACAUACACAUAUAACACACAUUUUUACAAUGUCUGGUCCCAUCGUGCUUAUCUUAGGGGCUGGAAAAGGCGUCGGUUUGGCGUCCGCCUCCUAUUUCGCAGCGCAAGGCUACCGCGUGGCAGUCGUGUCUCGAAGCAUCUCGGCAGAUGCAUAUCCAUCUUACUUGACGAUCAAUGCCGAUCUGGCUGACCCAAAGAGCAUCGAGCCAAUCUUUGAACGGGUUCGAUCCAGUCUGGGCGAGCCAAAUGUUGUUAUUUACAACGCUUCUGCUUGGACACCACCGGUCGACCACCUUCUCGACUUAAAGCUCGAGGCUCUGCAGGCGUCGCUGAAUAUCAACCACGUCAGUGCGGUUGUGGCAGCUCAACAGGCUGUACUCAGUUUCUCCCGCAUUCCAGAUGGAGGGAAGAAGGUCUUUUUGUUUACGGGUAACCUGUUCAACGAGCAGGUCAUACCUCGGUUCUGGUCUAUAGGCGCAGCGAAGGCGGCCACGGCUCAUGUGAUUAUCGCUGCUGCUGCAUCGUACAAGGAGAAAGGAUACAGAUUCCACUAUGUCGAUGAAAGGACUGAUGAGGGCUAUCCGGUAUAUUCUGAUGUUGACGGAGAGGCACACGCCAAUAUCUUUUAUAAGCUUGUCGAGAAUCCAACGGACCAACCCAUUGUUACGUUUAGCAAAGGCAAAGGCAUCCAUGACUUUGGUUUCGUGCUUUCGAAAGAGUCGGUGAAAUAAUUUCAUUGCUGGGGACUCGUAUAUCGAGGGUAUGCAGAUUGCUAAUCUGGAGAACGCUAGCCUACCGGUAGCAGCUUUAAGCGGCCUUGCACAGAACAGAACGGUGACUAUUUAGCUGUGAUACGUUGGUUAGAUUACCCUAUAAUUCAAGUUGCUUAGAAAGUG